UUUUACACAGUAAUCUAAAUGUAAAAUUUUACAUGUCUAUAACCCUAAAAUGUUCUCUUUCUAUUUCUCUUCUAGUUAAACCCCCAGAGUUUAAAACACAAAUCAAGCCUGACAACAUGACAACAGCUUUGACCCCAGAGCCACUGACCGCUCUAUCGCGGUGGUACCUUUAUGCCAUCCAUGGCUACUUUUGCGAAGUCAUGUUCACAGCGGCAUGGGAAUUCGUAGUGAACUAUAACUGGAAGUUUCCUGGAGUGACCAGUGUGUGGGCACUCUUCAUCUAUGGGACAUGCAUACUGAUCGUUGAACGUAUGUACCUGUGUCUACGCGAUCACUGCAACGUGUUGCUGCGCUGUCUCAUAUACACGCUAUGGACGUACAUGUGGGAGUUUGGUACAGGCUUGCUGCUGAGCCAGUUUGGUGCCUGCCCCUGGGACUACUCACAAUUCAAGUACAACUUCAUGGGCCUGAUUACUGCUGAAUAUGCUGUGCCCUGGUUCUGUGCAUCCUUCAUCGUGGAGCGUCUGGUCAUCCGGAACACCUUGCGGCUGCGCUUCGACGAGCUGGCAGAACCCAGCCAGGCUGGAGAAAAUAGUAAUGAAGAAAGAGGAGAAGGAAGGCGAGGGAGAGGAAGCAGAGGCUUGGCUACCAGUGCCAAUGGUUAUGUGAAGGUGGACUGAGUUCAAUUAAAACAAACCUCUCUUUAGAUGCACUUGCCCAAUCUUUUCCCUUUCCCCUCAGAUGUUUGCAAACAUCUGUCCAGCUUUCUUCUAGACUGAUCCCUAUAGGAGAGAUCUUCAGACACUUGGAAAACUACUGGGACAAAGAACUGAAUUAGGAAGAGGUUUGUGGCUGUAGUGCCCACUGCACUUUUUCCUUGCUCAUAAAGAGCUUUGCAGCUUCUCUACGCAGUUCCUGAAGUGCAUUAUUCAGGAAUCUCCCAGCAGCUCUUUUCCAGAGACACUUCAUGAAAAAAGAUUCUUAGGUGGAGAUUUUAUCCUUCGUCCAUCACUAUAACAUAGCUUCCAAACUGGUCCAUCCUUUUAGAACCUUUGGGAGAAAGUGAAAAUAGAAAUCUUUUAGAGAACUUUUGUAACAUUAAAAAGAUUUUACCUUGAAUGACCAAGAAAAGAAACCUGCUAAAGCCACAGUCACACUAGAUUUUUGUUAGAUUGCAAGCAAUUGAUUUCACAAUCAAAGUUUUGCCUUACAGGCUUUUAUUAUGAAUAGUUCCAAUGUAGACAAAUGUAACAAAAAAAAACAUGUAAAGAUCAAUAUUGCCUAACCUAAGUAGAAGUAGUUAACACUAGAGUUUUAUGUAUGUUCUAUGUAGUGCACAGAUGUUGAGAGUAGAAUGAAAUUUGGGAUGUAUGCCUUCUUUGGAAGUCACUACUAUAGAAACAUGGUCAUGAUUAAAUAUAUUUGCUGGAGCUAAUGUAAAGAUGGAACACAACAUUUCUAUUAAUAUUAUUAAGGACGUGAAUUUUAAUAAACUGACUUAACUGCUAACCAACCCUAAGUGUUGACCAGUAAGCUUAUAGCAACCCAUUUCAAUACCCAUUUCUAAUGUGACUGUGGCCAAGUCCAUUUUAAAAGAUAAUUAGAUGUGUGUAGUUGCAAAAGCAAACUGUUAGAUUGAAGAUUUACGUUAUAAGGUCUGUGUUAUUUAUUAAUAUUUAUCUGAGGGUAGUUAUGUAACUUAAAUAUAAUAUAGACUCCUAGAAUAUUGUCUGCUGUGCCCUAAUGUAACACAUUGUACUUGAAGCUAGUGUUUUUAUACCGGACAAAAGUGUGUUUGAGUGUAUGCAUGAAAAUAUUGUCUUCCAGAUUUUCUCACAAAUGCAGAUCUGUGCAGAAAUGUGCUCUCCAAGAAAAAUCACACAACCAACUUCAUGGACUGUAAAACAAGAGUACUGUAUUAUGUUCAGUUGUACUGCUGAUAGGAUGUUAAUAUGGUAUGGCUUAAAAUAUCCUGUUUUACACUGGAGAGUGGUGAGAGAAGUGAAAAUCAUCUGCUGCUAAGAUUUUACACUGACCACACAAAAUAUCACUAUGAAACCAGGCCUGUGCACCAUGGCCCACUAAAAUGGAAAUACGUAUGAGAAAAAUAUUAACUAGACUCUAGAAUAAGAGAAAAUUGUGAGUCACUUUUCUGUCCAUGGAUUAAAAACUUGAUAUCUGCAUGUUAAAUUUGACUGAUGAUAAUCUGACAGAUAUUUAAUCUUAUUUAUGUUGCAAAUUACUAAUUAUGUAACAGUCACAAAUAACCCAUCUGUACAAUAAAAACAAAUCUAACACAUUUUAAAACACUAUUUAAAAUACACAUGAAUGCUUUACAUGAAAAUAAAGAUAACUACAACGUUAAUAUUAAUAAUAAGAAGAAUAAUGGCAACAUGUUACGGAGAAAACCUUUUUAUCAACUAAUAAAACACAUAAUUGCAUUUGAUUUGUACUUACAAUUAUUCUCUUUUUGAAUCAUUGUGGUUCAGUUUUAGCCCAAUGUCUUAGAUUUCCCUAGAUCAACUUGACCUUCAUAAAAUAUUAAUUAAAGUCAGAACAUUCCCUGGCUAUUCAAACAGCUUAUCCCUCUAUUUGAAAACCUUACGUUUCAAGUAAUUUUUGGGGUCAAUGUCUUGUUGAAACAUUCACAUUAUGUUUCUUGGCUGAAGUAAUGCCAAUGAAUGAUUUGUGUUGCUGCGAAUUUUCCACUUAUUAUUAAACCAAUUAUACUGACAGGUCUGUUUAAGGUGUUUGCUAUGGCUCUCUAGCUUUUUCUACUAAGUACUUAGGAAAGCUUUUUUCACCUUUACUGAGCACUGAUGUUGGUCAAGAAAGCUUCAACUAAUGUUCCAGUACAUACAAAAGCUUUUAAACCAAGCUUUUCUUGUCUUUAUAGACCUUGCUGUGGGUACAGGGCUACAGUCAUGCUGGAACAGAAAAAGGCCUUGCCUAAACUGUUGCUGCAAAGUUGAAAGCAUAUCAUUUUCUUUAUAUUGUAUAUUUAAUUUAUUAUACCUGUUAGCAAUUGUUCUGGCUGACACACAUGAGUUCAAAAAUGAGAAGGGGUCUCAAUACUUUUGUUCAUAAAGUGUAUUGUGUGUAAAUUUAAGAUGAAUAUUUGCACUGAAAGAAUAUUUAAUAAAUGCACUCAGGUGAUACAGUGGUCUA